AAGCGGGGUUGUUUGGCCCGGAAGCGAGGAGCGGGCGGCCAUGGGUUGCGACGGGGGCACCAUCCCCAAGCGGCACGAGCUGGUGAAGGGGCCGCGCAAGGUGGAGAAGGUUGACAAAAAUGCAGAAUUAGUAGCUCGGUGGUAUUACUGCGCUCUGAGUCAAGAAAAAUUAAGCAGACCAAUUGUAGCCUGUGAACUUGGGAGGCUAUAUAACAAAGAGGCCGUCAUUGAGUUUUUACUUGAUAAGUCAUCUGAUAAAGUUGUGGAAGCUGCGUCACACAUCAGGAGCAUUAAGAAUGUCACAGAGCUGAAUCUUACUGAUAAUCCUGCCUGGAAUGGUGAUAAAGGGAAUACAAAAGGGGAUAAGUAUAAUGACAUCCAGUGUGCAUGCUUUAUUUGCCCUGUGGUGGGCUUGGAAAUGAAUGGCAAGCACAGGUUUUGUUUCCUGCGGAAUUGUGGGUGCGUGUUCUCUGAACGUGCUCUUAAAGAAAUUAAAGCAGAUGUUUGCCACAAGUGUGGUGUUCCCUUUCAAGAAGAUGAUGUGAUUCUACUUAAUGGCAAUAAAGAUGACAUGGAAAAUCUGAAGAAGAGAAUGGAGGAUAGAAGACUUAAAAAUAAAUUGGGAAAGAAAUCGAAGAAAUGCAAGGCAGCAGAAUCAGUUUCUCAACAGGACGCCACUGAAGGUUCUCCCGGACCGUCCAAAGUAAAGAAUGUAAAUGAUGACCUGAAAUCUAGUUCUGGAGAAAAGAAACAGAUUAUAUUCACCAAAGGCACAGAGGCUAUUGGAAGUUCAUCAACUGUGCCAGGAAAAGCUGCUUCAUCUGGUACCACCAAGAGAUGUAUCACGGAGAGGGAGGAUAAAUCGGAGGCAUACAAAUCUAUUUUUACAUCACACAGCUCAGCAAAACGCUCCAAGGAAGAAUCUUCCAAUUGGAUUACUCACACAGCAUACUAUUUCUGAAACAAUACUCUGCAUGAUUGUAACAGGCAGUUCCGCUUUCCUUCCUUAGGCUUUUUUCUGGAAAACUGAUACAGUGUAUUCAUUUAUAAUCAGAUGUUAUUUGGAAUUACUCAAUUUGCAAGUUGUUUAUAACUUUCUGAAUAGCCAAUACACUUUGCUUCCCUGUAGAUACUGUUAGGUAAGAAGAAGAUGGCAGUCAUCCUUGUCCUAAUAAAAUCAGGAAGUCUUUGUAAAUUCAAAAUUCUGCAGGCUCAUUCUGUCAUCUUCAGUCACAAUGACUUGUGUCUUGCUCUUGGUUCCAGUGUAAGUGAAGGGCACAGUUAAAAAUACACUUUUCUGUGCUAUCAAUUUUAGCUGAAACUGUCAUUGCACUUUUGUUUGGAUUCAGUAAGAAGGCUGAACUUUUUUUGUAACUACCUAACAUUGCUUACAACCAAUAAAAGAACAAUGAGACUGCCAUAUGACUCCAGGACAGACACUGAAAGUGCUCUACAGAACCAAGAAAAGGGAAAAACAUGCUGGUUAUGAGGGUUAAAUUAGCUAAGGUAUGAAAAAGCAAUCUUAGAAGUAAAGAGAGAUAUUUUUUUACAAGAACUGUCUGUUCCAUUUAUCUGAAAAAUAUAAAGAUCUUAGCAAAAUGCAUGGAUUAGCAGACAAAACGGCCAUAGUUUUGGAGUCCUGACCCACCAAAGCAAGUAGGGCAAAUCACUAUGUCUGUGUAUUUGUAAAAUGGGAUUAAGACCUCCUUUUCUAAAAAUGCUUUGGCAUCUACUGAUGGAAAAAUCUAUAAAAGAUGGGUAUCGUGGCUAGCACCAUCUGGUUAAAGCCCAUUUAUGAUUCUAGCACAUGAAAAUGCAGAUCAUGGGUCCAUACACACAUUGAAAGAACAGUGAUUCUGGUACAAGGGUUUGGAUGGAAGUGCAGACAAUCGCAGAGCACUCCUUGGGCCAAUUGCUAACACAAUCAGUUUUUGAAAAUGUAUUUGUGUGCAAAGUAGAUUCUGCAGUUUGGCCCAUUUGCUGGUUUUCGUAUCAAAAUCUAAGACUUAAGCAAAAUUAAGGAGUUUGCUUUUAUGUAUUUUAAAUGUUUUCUGUGCUGAAUAGCAGCUGUUCACAGUGACUGCCUAAGGAAGGUGGGGAGGGGAGGGAGUAAUUGGAUCUGAAAACUUCAAGGUCUCUUCCCAGCUGUUUUUCUGACAGUGCUAAUUUCAUUCUUUCAAUGCAGUUUAAUUGAGGGUAGUUUAGACUGUGGAAGAGCAGGCUCUGCAUUUCAAUGCAUAUUCUGGUUCUUCCUUGGAAGUGCAUGCAGGAGUGUUUGGAGGAUUUUUCUAUCAUAGGACGAAUCUCAGAACUCAUCCAUGGGUGGAAGGGAUAAAAAGCUGUGGGCUAAAUUUUUGGAGAGUUUCCAAAAAACUUAAAUUUGUGAAGGCAAAUAUUUCCUUUGUAUUAUAGUGUUAUAUGUCCAAAUGCCAUUCACAGGCAGGCUUUUGUGUGCGCAAACAGUUGUGCCCACAUACUCUAGUAUGCUUUGAUAAAGACCAUUUUAAACCUGGGCCCUGUAUUUCUGUCCGUGGAAUGAUUCUCUUUCUUUAUGCAUACUGGUUCGCAGUAAGUGAAAUGUGCUGCCUUCAAAACAGCUCCAUAACCCAUGAUGCUAGAUUCCUAGCCGUAGACUAUUAAAACACAAUGAACAUUUUGGGGGUUUUAAAUUGAGGUAAGUCUCAAAACUUAUAUAUAAGGGUGUUUCAGAAAGUAACGGUAAUUUUGAAAUAAAACUGAUUUUGCAUGUAGUGAUGGUUUACAGGAGCACAUUACUUCUCUACGUAGUUGCAAACAAUUGGCGCAUUCAACAGUGCCGCCAUCUGUGGUUCCCCCCUGUUGUGUAGUUUUUUCCUACUUUGCCAGACCAUACAGUGUGGGCAACCAUUUUGUCAUUACUUUCUGAAAUGCCCUUGGAGAUGAGACUGCUACUAUGCGGAGCAAGAAAUAGCAUCUUGCUCUUAUUUUUAUUAAGUCUCUCCGUGUAAUUUUGUUUGAAGAAAAGUGGUUGAUCAUGUCAUAUGACCACAGAUAUUCAUGUUAGCAUGCAUGGGGCACACUAUCCCAAUGCUUAUGAUGUUUGAAUUGAGCAAUGGUUAGUUUAUUGUGAGCUUUCCUUAGUCAAUAAUUCUGUUAUGUUAUGAGUCUCAAUUUAGACAGUAAUUACCUACAUAAAGUGAUCAAAGUAAAGUCUGGAAGCUUCCCCUUUUCCCCUCCCCCUCCCUUCACUACACAUUUUCACUAGCCUUGGUUCAAACUAACCAGGAUAGAAUUACAAUAAGUAGGAAGAUAUUUAAAGCUACUGCACAAUAUAACGUAGUUACUUUUGUAUGUUAAAAUGAUUAAUUAGUCUUGUAAUUUAUUUUGAAAAGUGUCUCCAUUUGUAAUCUGUAAUAGUUAAUUGGAAAUUCAGAUGAUUUGUUUAUGUUUGCACAGGUAGUCUUUCUGAUUCAUGUGUGUUGAAUGCAACUGCUGAUAUUUUCUUAUUAUUUUGAUAAGCAUAAUUAAGCAAUUGUUUCCACAGUUGGUUUGUCAUGGAAUUUUACAUGGUAAGCAUUUUUGUUUUCCAAAUAUAGGAUACAGUCUCGUAUUUUUUCGCAUCAAAACAGUUUGCAUUUCAGUUGAGCUUCAAUGAAUCACUUUGCUACAUUUGUCUAUGUGCUAGCAUGAGCUUUAUUCUUCCUGUAUUUUUUCUCUUCAUUAUUAUUCUCUUUAUUAUUUGGUAAGGGCAGACAGUAAGCUCAAUGCAGGAAAAGAUGCACAAUGACAGUCACUUCUCUUCUUUUGCAGUCUAAUUCUAUUUUGAGAGUGUGCACUUAACUCCUACUUUUUAUUUUAUUGGGCUGCAUUUCUUUUAUUUUUGGAACAUAUACCAGCCCCAUGAGAUUAUAGUUUAGUUCUUAUUUUAUUUGGUUAUUACGUAUUGCUUUGCUACCAUGUAAAAGAAUAUGAGCAUAAAUAUUUUAGAACUUGGA